UUCCAAGCAGUGAAGACCUUUUCCAUCACGGCAACCUGCUCGCUAAUCGCAAAAGACUAACAGGGAUGGUUGGAUCACCAAAACCCCUUUUUAUAACUCUUCUAUUCGUCUACCUUGGAAGCCAAGUAGAAUCAGAUGCCUCUGAUCAUCGCUACCAUGAUGGAGAUACGGUCCCCUUCUAUGCCAAUAAAGUUGGCCCAUACAGAAAUCCCUGGGAAACAUAUGCUUAUUUUGACCUUCCAUUUUGUUCUGCGGAUAAUGUCAAAGAGAAGAAGCUUAAUCUAGGUGAGAUGUUGAAUGGAGAUCGUCUUGUUUCAACUCCAUAUAAGCUUGAAUUCCGUGUGAAUAAAGAUUCUGAAGUAUUAUGCAAGAAGACACUGAGCAAAACAGACGUUUCUCAGUUCAGAAGUGUUAUAGCAAAGGAUUACUAUAUGCAAUUGUACUAUGAUGACUUGCCAAUUUGGGCUUUCAUUGGACACGUUGAAAGAGAUUAUUCAGAUGAAAGGAAGAGCAAAUAUUUCCUAUACAAACAUUUUGAUUUUGAAGUUCUUUAUAAUAAGGAACAUGUUAUUGAGGUCAAUCUUCGAGUAGACCAAAAUUACUUGGCAGACGUGACAGAGGACAAGGAUAUUGAUGUGGACUUCACAUACUCCGUUAAGUGGUUGGUGACACAAUAUUUGUUUGAAGAGAGAAUGGGCAAAUACAUAGGUUCUUCCAUUUUACCACACCACAUGUCUAUCCAUCACCACUCGAUUACAAACUCAUCUGUCACGCUCCUCAUUCUGAGCAUCUGCCUGAUGACUUUUUAUGUGCUAGUCCUUCGCAAAGACAUUUCCAAGUUUUCACAGGAUGUGGAAGGGGAUCAAGUGGCUGACAACCUAGACGAGACUGGAUGGAAGAACAUCCAUGGUGAUAUAUUUAGAUUCCCACAGCAUAAGUCCUUAUUUGCCGCGGCUCUUGGUUCUGGUACACAUUUGCUUCUACUCAUCAUAUCAAUUCUUGUUAUGGGCCUCCUGGGUGUUUUUCAGCCCUAUCAUAGAGGAGUAUUCUUGAAUGCACUUGUCAUUACGUAUGCAGUUACAUCUGUUGUCUCAGGAUAUACAUCUGUUUCUUUCUACUGUCAACUCGAAGGAACCAGCUGGAUGAAGAACCUACUGCUGAUAGGAGGAUUAUAUUUUGGGCCUCUUUUUCUUACAUUUUGCUUCCUAAACAGUGUUGCCAUUUUUUAUGGAACAACUGCUGCAUUACCAAUUGGAGGAAUAGUCAUUUUAUCUCUUUUGUGGAUAUUCUUAGCAUCACCAUUGCUUCUUUUAGGAGGGAUUGUUGGGAAAAACAGAGCAUCUGAUUUCGAAGCUCCAUGUAGAACCAGCAAAUGUCCUAGAGAGGUUCCUCAGCUGCGUUGGUACAGGGGUGUUCUACCUCAGAUGGCUUUGGCAGGAAUUUUGCCUUUCAGUGUUAUCUAUAUUCAGCUUCACUACAUAUUUGCAACUGUUUGGGGCCACCGCGUUUACACACUUUACAGUAUUCUGUCCGUAGUCUUUGUUCUUCUUCUGAUCAUAACUGCUUUAGUGUCUGUGGCGCUGACAUACUUCCAGCUUGCUGUUGAAGAUCAUGAAUGGUGGUGGAGGUCAUUUUUCUGUGGUGGCUCUACCGGAUUGUUUGUAUAUGGUUAUUGUAUCUAUCAUUAUUUCUUGAGAUCAGACAUGACUGGUUUCAUGCAAACCUCCUUCUUCUUCGGCUAUAUGGCUUGUGUCUGCUACGGCAUAUUUCUGGUACUUGGAAGUGUGGGUUUCCGUGCCUCAUUGCUCUUUGUUCGUUACCUAUAUGCGGCCAUAAAAUGCGACUAGCAGCAGUGAGAGCCUCAAUUCAAAGCUGAUGAAAAAAUGGAAGUAUUUGUGGAUCAAUUGUUCAGGAGUCAUUUCUGAUGGCAUGAAGUCGAUUUGAUGUUCAAAAUCUUCAACAAGUCUCUUGGAAGGUUUUUGUUUCAACAACUUGGCAUGAUUUCACUUGGAGUACUAUUCAUAUUAAUCAGAGUUUGGUCCAUCCAUUUUCAAGGGUAUAUUCAGUUCCAUUCCAUUGUUACCUAAAUGUAUAAUUCUUAACCUUUUGUUGGAAAUUAAGGAUAAUUUCCUAAGGAUGCUUUAAGAUCUUUAGCUCCAGAAUUGGAUCAUUUUCUUGUAACUGAGAAGACUUUCCGGAUUAAUAGUACAUAACCCAUAUAAAUUCAAAUACAAACACAUAUAUUGCAAAUC